UUGUUGGGCUUGGAAACUAAAUUAGACCAAACCUAAACAAAGAAGUCAAAGGCAUUUGACCAUUAAAAAAAGAGUUAUGCUUCUCCUCUCCGUCACUCCCUUUCCCUCGCUCAAAAACCCUGAAUAAUUCUCAUUUCCCCUCUAUUUCCCAAAUUGUUAUUAGUAUUUUCUUUUCACAUGAUCCAGACCAGAUUAAGAUGACACAACCGUCGGUCAUACUAGCAACCGCCAGCUAUGAUCACACUAUUCGAUUUUGGGAGGCAAAAAGCGGCCGCUGUUACCGUACUAUUCAAUACCCCGAUUCUCAAGUUAAUCGGCUUGAAAUAACCCCAGACAAGCGCUACUUGGCUGCAGCUGGUAAUCCUCACAUUCGUUUGUUCGAUAUUAAUUCCAGCAGCCCUCAACCUGUAAUGAGCUAUGAUUCGCAUACAAAUAAUGUUAUGGCUGUAGGAUUUCAAUGUGAUGGAAAGUGGAUGUAUUCUGGUUCUGAGGAUGGCACUGUAAAGAUUUGGGAUUUAAGAGCUCCUGGUUGCCAAAGGGAAUAUGAAAGUCGUGGUGCAGUUAACACCGUUGUCUUACAUCCAAAUCAGACCGAGUUGAUAUCUGGUGACCAGAAUGGUAACAUUCGUGUAUGGGAUUUGACAGCUAAUUCUUGCAGCUGUGAAUUGGUGCCCGAGGUUGAUACAGCUGUGAGGUCUCUUACAGUCAUGUGGGAUGGAAGCUUGGUAGUUGCUGCAAAUAAUCACGGUACCUGUUAUGUUUGGCGCCUAUUAAGAGGAAACCAGACUAUGACCAACUUUGAACCACUUCACAAGCUACAAGCACAUAAUGGAUACAUACUCAAAUGUCUCCUUUCUCCCGAGUUUUGUGAACCCCAUAGAUAUUUGGCUACUGCAUCUUCUGACCACACUGUCAAGAUAUGGAAUGUCGAUGGCUUCACAUUGGAGAAAACAUUGAUAGGACAUCAGCGCUGGGUAUGGGACUGUGUUUUCUCUGUGGAUGGUGCAUAUCUCAUAACAGCCUCUUCUGAUACAACAGCUAAGCUUUGGUCCAUGACAAGUGGUGAAGAGAUAAAGACAUACCAAGGACAUCAUAAAGCGACUGUCUGCUGUGCACUACAUGAUGGAGCUGAGCCUUCUCCAUCUUAAACCUUGAAUGAGGUGAGCUGAAAUAAAUAUAUCGGGGUUAUUCCUUGUGAUCACCAAAUGGGCAUUUUCAUUGAUUUUGGGGAAUAUUGAACCACAUUGGCCAGAUUGGUUGAUCUAAAAUAGGUACAUAUUGGUUCAAUCGAUUUUUUUUUUAAUUUUUUAAUGAUUUAUUUAAUCAGAUCAGAUAGGGGAAUGAAUUUUUUAAAUUGCCAUGCAAUUUGAACGAAACAAUUGAAUGGAAUUGGGAAUGGAUUAGGGAGUAGGGAGUAGGGAGUAGGGAGUAAUUUGGCUGACCAGUACAAGCCAAUCAAAGACGUUGAUAUUUCUCGAUACAAAAAUUUAUAUUAUUUAUAUGUAUAUUUGUUAUAAAGCCUUUGAUUAAUUAGAUAUCUAUUUAAUUAACAAAAGAUAAUAUUUUAUUUUAUAAAGUAAA